UUUUUAAAAAAGUGUAUUAUUAAACUAGGGUUUUCGAUAAACGUAAAGGAUUUGGGCAAAGUGCAUCUCCCUUGGUUCUCCUCUUCUGUAUUGUCGAUUUCAAUUCCAGCAAAAGUCUCACACGUUGUUAGCUUAUUAUCAACGCAAACUUGUUCAAAAUAAAUAAACACAGUACUUCCAUUCCUCUCUACACUGUCCACCAUGGGAAGGGGAAAAUUCAAGGCCAAGCCCACCGGUCGCCGCAACUUUUCUACCCAGGAAGACAUGCUUGCUGGCACCUCCACUCGGCCAAAGACUUUUAGACAGAAAGAAGCUGAGAAUGAAGAGGAUCCAACUAAGGAAGUUUCCGAGGAUGAAUCUGAGGAAGAAUCUGAAGAUGAAAAUAUUAAGGCAAAAGGUGUUCAAGGGGUUAUUGAGAUUGAAAAUCCUAACUUGGUAAAGCCCAAGAACAUAAAAGCUAGAGACAUUGAUAUUGGAAAAACAACUGAGCUUUCAAGGCGUGAAAGAGAGGAGAUAGAGAAGCAAAGAGCUCACGAACGCUACAUGAGACUUCAAGAGCAAGGAAAAACAGAACAAGCCAGGAAAGAUUUAGACCGCUUAGCUCUUAUACGUCAAGAAAGGGCAGAAGCUGCUAAAAAGCGAGAAGAAGAGAAAGCGGCCAAAGAACAAAAGAAGGCCGAAGCUCGCAAGUAAAUUACGUUGGAGGUGUCGGGUGACCAAGUUUUACUCCAAUCUGCUGGUGGAUUAUUUGCUCUUACUACAUUUUAACAUUUGAUAUGCCUGUUUAGCUUCUUUAUGUUGGAUAUUAACUUUCCAUGUUGGUAGCAUGUAGUGCAAUUAUUUUGUCUUAUCAUGUUGAAUGACACACUUAUUUUUCUUUUUACAAAAAAGUUAGUAUGCCUCUAUGCUUGAACACCUUAAAACUGUGAAAUAUAAUAAUCUUCAAAUUUGCGAUA